UGGUAACAUAAAUUUGAUAUUUCAAUAGCACAAUUGCGCAAUAACGUACAGUACGAAGUAAUAAAUGCGGUUUUUGUCAUUCUGUUAUUUGCAUUCGGUGGUUAAUUUAGUUAAAUUUGUGAAAAGAUUUUUUUUUGUUUAAUUUGCUAAUUUUCACAAGAACUUUGUCGAAAAUUUUCUUUGUUUAAAACGAUUCAAAAGUAGUUCCUUAUUUCGCCACUGGCUUUCGGACGAAAUUUGGAACGAGAUUCUAAAUGAUGGCUUCAAUAUUACCGUCAACUUUGGGAGGUGAUGCUCCGUUGAAAACGAUGGAUGCAAAUCGAUAUGCUACAAAGAAAACUAUAGCACAAGGAAUGCUCGAUAUAGCUCUAUUGACCGCAAAUGCAUCUCAAUUGAAAUAUAUUCUACAAGUGGGUCAUAAGCACGAAUUUUACACGUUAAUGUUGACGUUAAUCAGCGUGUCGAUAAUAAUGCAGAUGCUCGUCGGCCUCUUGUUCAUUGUAAUUGGAAGUUUGAAUAUCAACCGUAAGAAAGACCAAACGGCUGCUAUCAUUUUGAACGAUAUCAUUUUAGUGCUGAUAUUCAUCAUUUCGCUCGUAAACGUAAUCAUUUCUGGCUUUGGUAUGGAAUAUUCAUCACACCCACUGCAUUUGUUAGAAAGGGAGAACUAUUGAGUCAAAUAAUCCAAUUUUCGUCGGGAACACACAGAAGGAAUCUAACAUCUAACAAAAAUCUAUCUCUAACUGCACCCAGCAAAUAAUAAAAAGCAAAUUUUUCCACUUGAAAA